AUUGAAUUCGAACGGCAGUUCAGCGCGGCUGCGGUCCAGUAAGAAUUGAAUUCUGUUUUUGCCGUUGUGUAGUGGUAAACAGUUUGUAAUGUAGUGCGUUGUGUGACCAUUGUAGGACGCUACCUUAGCAGCGUUGUUUUGGGUACACUUCGUCUAUUGAUGAACCGGUGUAUAGAGAAGCUCCACAAGUCUGAGGAAACGAUGCGUAUAGGUAGUAAUACCGUGCGUUUACGCUGGUAGUGCUGAGAAUUUACUUCCAAGAGAUUUGGGUACAAGUUAAACAGUUAUAAAGGCAGCGGAAUUUUGCUUACAAUCUGAAACAAGUCAUUAACUAAAUUACUUGGAGCUAUAAAGAUUCAUCAGUCCUUGAGGUAAAACGUGUAGAAAAAAGGUGUGGUUAGUGAUUAAAACUGCAGGCAAGUGACGUACGCGUUUGAAGAAGCGUUUAGCAGCUGGGCUACCUUAAGAUAAAAAUAUCCAGAGAAAAGACAAAAGUGAAACUAGUGCGUGCUUCCCAUUCUAUUCUCUGCUAUCAUCCUUCUCGACGUGCAAUCCGUUUUCUGUGUAGAUGUGUGGGAAUUUGGUACACGUAGUAACUUUUUACCGACAGCAGACCUUAAUACGGGCUCAGGGUUCGGCGUCAGAAAAGUUUUUAGAGUUUCCAUGUAGUAGGUAGUUUAAUCCCAUCAACGAUGCUAUGUAUGCAUGUCUGUACUACAGUGAGUGAAAACAUCGUAACCGUGUGACAGCCAUUUUGAAAUUACGCACGUCGCUCCUUGGAUCGUGCGUGUUGUACUUGUUUUUCAAGUGAUUUUUAAAAAACAAACCCAGAGAGUUCAGGAUUGAGCCGAAGAUUAACAACAAAUGUUUAAAUGGACGCAUCGUCCAUUAUAACCCAAGUUUCGCGGGAUGACGAACUAGGCCAGUUUAAUAACGAGAAAGUUCAAUUACCGAGAGAAAAUGAAGUGGCCAGUGGGCCGAGAAAUGGGAAAAAACCGAGAGGGCGAGGUCUUCUACGAUCGCUACUUUGUUGUUUGGGACGAGGAAGAGGUGGUAGUUCAAAAAGUUCAAAAGCCAGCUCUUUGCAAGGCGAUGGGAGAAUUUCGCCAUCCCUUGGUAGCAGUUCGCCACGAUUUUUACUCCCCCCUGUUCGCCACCAGGACAUGCAUAAAAAGUGCAUGGUGAUUGAUUUGGACGAAACGUUAGUUCAUAGUUCAUUCAAGCCAAUUAAUAAUGCAGAUUUUGUCGUACCGGUCGAAAUAGAUGGUACUGUGCAUCAGGUCUAUGUACUAAAGAGGCCUUACGUCGAUGAAUUUUUACAAAGAAUGGGCGAGCUUUACGAGUGUGUUUUAUUCACUGCCAGCCUAGCCAAGUACGCGGACCCAGUAGCAGACUUAUUGGACCGAUGGGGCGUAUUCAGAGCAAGAUUAUUCAGAGAGUCGUGUGUCUUCCACAGAGGAAAUUACGUUAAGGAUCUGAACAAAUUGGGUCGAGAUCUUCAGCAAAUCAUAAUCGUUGACAAUAGUCCUGCUAGCUACAUUUUCCACCCAGACAAUGCGGUACCAGUGGCAUCGUGGUUUGACGAUAUGACAGAUUCCGAACUUCUAGACCUUAUACCUUUCUUUGAAAAGUUAACCAAGGUGGAUAAUAUCUAUACGGUACUUUGCAACAGCAAUCAUCCCUACAAUCAAGCCCCGCCAACGAGACAAAAUAGCCCUAGCCCAGUUUCUGGUCCCCCAGUUGUGAAUUCCUAGCAACGUCGGACAUCUGGUUCAGCAGCCAGCAGCCUCCCUCAGCACUCCGUAAGAAGGGCUCUUAUCCGUGCCCUCUACAUCGCUCACUUGUUGUGUUACGGACAGCCAACCAUGCCCAGCUAAGUUACAAAAAAACUAGUACACAACUACCAGUGUUUACUAGUCCCUUGUAUGUAAUUGGCUAAAAGCAAAGCGAGUUUAAAAUUUGCUGCUGCAAAUCUCCAGAGCUUGGUCAGAACCUCUACCUUUUUUUAUCGACACAACAAUCAGGGGUUCAAGAAACAAUCUGAGCAUCUCUUCCAGAGUUGCUCGUUCGAUCAUUGUGAAUUGUUGAUUGCAAUGCAUCUGCCUCUCGGUUCUAAACAAUCGCCAAUAAUUCAGAUUUAUGUAUUAUUCGCGCUAGUUCAUUUCUUCCAUCCAUUCAUCUCAAAUUGAAUUACACGAUAUAUGAAUCUGUGGAAGAACCGUUGAGUAAGUCAAACGUAUUCGAUGUGUGAGCAACGAGAGUAACUAUAGAUUGCUCAGAGUUCAAGACAGAUGGAGUUAUGCUUGAACAAAUUUUAAAUUUGUUACCGUAUUCCAUCUCUAAAGCUUAUCGUAACGGGCCCAUUUUCUGGUAGGUAUACCCUAGUUUUUAAUAUACAGAAUGUAAUUGUAUUACAGAUAUCUUCGAACUAUUUCAGUUAGAUCUUCGAAGCCCAAUCCUUAGUGUCGGUAAUAUUUCGAGAGUUAUUGUCUUCUGGUUUCCAGUUGAUUCUGUCUGUAUAAAUUGAACAAGGUACGAAGACAUGCCAAUGGAAUACUACUUAAAUGAGAAUUGAAAAUAAUGAUCAGGUAUUGAUAAGUUUAGGAUAAUAUUCCUGAAAUGCAUAGAGUUUUUCGUGAUCAUCUACGAUCUGUUAUUUGUGAAAAUCUGUUAAUAGACACUAACUUGUUAUUUCUGUUCCUAUUUUUCACUGUAAUUUUUGAUACGCAUAGAAAACCAAGCAGUCCUCCAAAUUGACCGCUCUAUGGAAUCAGGAGAAGAAAAAAGCAAAUUCCAGUACCGAUCGCCCUUACUAUACACAGCAUCUCUUGACGUGAGAAUAUUUUCCAUCUUAUUAUAUUCUAUCUAUUGUUUUGCUUCUUUGCUUUUUGAUCUGAACAGGCAAAUGCUAUUCAAUUGCACAGUUUCCAAUCAAUUAGAUUCUACGUACUAUGAACCCAGUUGAUUAUUCAUCGGAUAUUGUUUCGAGAGAUUCGUAGUUGUAAUCGGUUUCCAGAUUCGAUAUUUAAAUCGAUUUCACAUUAAUUUUCAUGAAGCUAACACUUGUGCUAGACAAUAAUUAAAAUAUCUCUGGAAAUUAUCUCGAUUUGUGUCAGAAUCAAGGGCAAGUCAGUGUUACAGCAUUCUCAAAUAUACGAGCAAGUCAACCGGAGAUUGUUUUAACUGUGCAAUACAAUCUGCAAGUAUACAUUGCUCUUUAAGUACUUUGCAGACUUAUAAUUGCGACGAUUAUCCCACCCCUUUGAUUCAAUCAUCCCUGUCGACGAGGGAUAAAUGUAAAAUAAUAUGCAUUGCUGUGGUUAAGUGAGGUUGCUGAACCGUUUGAUUGUUCAAAUUCGAGGAAGCGGUUCAGUGGGUUUUAAUACAUACGUGAAUGUGAAUGGAAACUUAAACAUCUAUUUUAAAACAGUUACGCAAUACCAGGUUUCAGAUAAAGUUUGUUAUCUUGUGACCUAAUAAUAAGCAGUAUCUGUGUAUAUGUAAAAUCGAGUCCACAAUGGCUUACAAUUAGAAAAGUGCAAAUGUGCCACUAAGUGUGUGUGCGCGUGAGUGAGAAUGUUUUGUAUGAGUCAUCGUAACCCGAAUACGUGAAUAUAGGUAUAAAUAGGAUGAAUAUAAUGAAUUCAAUGCACAGACAGGCUGCACUGGACCAUGCAAGCCUUUGAUAUUUUUUCGUACUGCAAAAGUAAAAGUAUUCUAAAAAUUGUCGUACCCUAUAAUCACUUCGGUAAAUUUGAAGUGGUACUGCAAUUAUGAUAAUUGAAGUAACGAGUUGCACUGAACAGAAUUCACUGAUAACUAAUGAAUAAUUCAUUUCUAAAUUACAAGUUAACGAAGAGGCCUUUCUUUCUCUAUCUUCUAGUGAAAAACUCUUUAUCCAAAAGUUGAAAUUACAGGACAAAUAAAUUACUUUUUACGAAAAAUUUCAAUUGAUUGAUUAUCAACAAAAAUCUCCACAAACUGUCGAUAGAAAUUUGCAAAGAUUGGUUCAUAUUGAUUAUAAAGAAAAAACUUAUUUUCUUUCGAACAAAAUAUAUCAAAAGUGACGAAAUUUAACUUAAAACGUAUUUGCAUAGCUAUGAAAAUGGUUGGAACUUUACAGUUAUUCGAUAUCAGCAAAGUUGUGACUAGGUUCCAAAAAAAAAUAUUAUUAAAAAUAAUUAUACUGCGGCGAGAAAUUUCUAAAUUUUUCUAUGUCGGAGGACAGUUUUAAUCCGACGCAUAUCAUUAUCUUCCCUCCAGGGUAUACUAUCAGAUAUUAUUAUCUUAUUAUAUUGCAUCAAUGAUAAUUUAUGUUUAUAAUAUUGAAUACUGAAUAUGUGAAGAGUAACACUCUUCGUAACUCAUAAGGAUAACUUAUUAGAAAAAAAGCCAUCAACAAUAGUUUUUGUUUGUUUUUUAUCUCUUUAUUUUAUUUUUAUUUUAAUUUCUUUUUUCUUUUUUCUUUUCUAUCCAAUAAACAAAAAGAUGCAAGUAUGCGAUUGCGUAUCUAUAAUUUGUUGGAUGUAUCGACGGUCCAAUCUUUGCAUCCUACAGUUUUGAAAUAUGAUUGAUCAAUUACAAGUACAUACCCCCUUAAUAGCUAAGCAAAAGAAAAACGUAUAUACUUACUAAUUAUUAUGUUAGAACUCUAAUUUUCAGCAUAGUACCCGUGUACAGAUCAUAUUAUGCUAUAUUAUUAUCUAGUUUUUCUAAACUACAUUACCCUUACUAUAAUUAUACAUACAUAUAUCGAGUAAUAUUAUCCGUACAUUUGUUUACGAGAUUGAGUAGGCGUCGAUCAGGAGUAUGAGAAACAAAAGGAACAAAAGAAAAAAAAAAUUUUCUUUAAGCAUUUUCAAAAUGUUCAUACUAUACUUAGCGACGAUAUCAUAUUUUACUACUCGUAUAAUUUAUAUCUGUAACUGAAUACGUUUUUUAUUAUUACUCUAUUCUGAUCAUACUUUUGGCUAUAAUCCACCAAUCAGUUUUUCUUGUGCUCCGCAAUAUUUGGGAUAUCAGUAACAUUGGCAUAUGUAUACUAAAUUUCCAUUGAUUAUUGAAACGUUAUAACUUAUGCAGACUAGAUACUGUCAUGAGGAAGGUCAGAAACGAUGCCUUAAACUAAUGGUUACGGCAGAUAGUUUUUCAUCUAACUAAAUUCCGACAAAGUAUAGUUUUAUAUUAAUUUUAUUAUUAUUAUUAUUAUUAUUAUUAUUAUUGUUAUCAUCAUCAUCAUCAUCGAAGUCAUCACUACCACCACCACCUUACCAUCAUCAUCAUCAUAUUAUUCUUAUUUUUAAUAUUAUUGUUAUUGUUAUUAUCAGUACUACUAUUGUUAUUGUUAUUAUUUUCAUUACUCAAGCUGCCCAAAAUGCCUUUGAACGAACAUUAAUAAUCUUACUAUUUUCUAAAGUACGCCUCAAGCACCAAGGACGAGUUUUGUACAGAUGAUUAGAAUAAUAUAAUUGGACAGGACUUGAGUAGAUGCAUCCUUCAUUCAGCAGGGUAUCGUCCUAAUUGAACGACGAAACUUGCAUUAUUUUUACAGUAACACCACUGGUUGUCUGUAGAACACAAAUCAAUGGAGUCUAGAGUUCAUUUCAAAAUAGUUUUUUGGUUUUUUUCCCCUUUUUUUCCUCAAUACGCGGUACCAAACGUGAACAGAAGCUAGUACAGUUGAAUAACUAGAGGAACCCAAUAAUUUCUUUUUUCUUCUUCAAUUUUUGGAAAUUUUUAAUAUUUGAAAAAAAAAGUUCCACGAAUUGAUAACUACUGUGUAAUUAAGUUUGGAGGCGUUCACCGGCAGUAGUAUCUUAUAUUUGAUGGUAGAUUUUUUAUUUGUACGAUAAUUAAUGUAAAUUGUGUGAAUUAUCACUUGUAGUUUUUAAAUGUAGUUUGUUUGUUUGAUUUUUUUUUGUUUUUUUUUUCUUUCUUCAUUCAGCCUCCGUUGAUGUACUAUAACAAUACUUCGUUGCAUUGUUUUGUGUAAAUUAUGUAAUUAUCAAAAUUGUGAAAAAAUUAAUUAUCUACACCUGCAUCGGUGAAAGAACCUGCGAUCUUCAAUUAGUUCGAAAAUGGAAGUAGUAGAAGAAAAACAAGGCUGGUGCUUCCGCGAUAAUUUAUCGUCGUUGUUAGAGCGCCGAUAUAUACCUAUAUAAAAGGCUUUUUGCUCAAUCUUUGCGUAGCUUGUUGUUGGUAUAUCGAGAAAAUAGAGGUGAAAGAUAUGGAAAAAAAAGUGCAAUAGUUGUUAAUAAUUUUAGAGCAAUUGCUUUCUAAGGAUAAUUACUCCCCCCCCCCCCCCCCCCCCCCCCUUAAUGUAUUUAUGUAAUCACAUAUUCACAUAUUUGACGAGAUGACAUAGGUAUAUCUCGAAACGCCCGUUAGCUGAAUGACGAUGCACGGAGUCAUAACUUUUUAUAUACAAACAGAUUUAUAAAAAAAAAAAGGAAAAAAAAACUUAAAAAAGGAAAAAAAAAUAAUAAACCCUGGAUUAUAAGGAUUUGAGAUAAUAUAUUGUACAAAAUUUUGUCAUAAAGUGUUUUUUAACGAAACGAGAGAGUUGGACAUAUACAUAUAGAUGAUUAACAAAUUGCCUUGAUUUGUAAAUAAAUCUAAAUUCUUGCUAAGAACUUUUAUUGAAUACUUUAGUAUGCUUCUCGUCUCGCAAAGUCUCGCUUUUUAUUUUGUUUUAUUUUUUUAUUUUGAAAUACACUUUUAUAAUACAAAAAAAUUAAAAAACAGAUAACAUUCAUGACUAUCUACGAUCAUUUAAUGACACUGCUAAUAUCGAUAACGAUAAUGACGAUGAUGUUAAUGAUAGUAAGAUUAAUAAUCAUAAUAUUAACAACAAUAAUGAUAAUGAUUGUGAUGAUGAUGAUGAUGUUAAUUAUAAUAAUAUAUCCAAGGGAGACAUUGCGAUUCGAGUACCAAUAGAAAAACAAAUGUAAUCUUUCCCACCCCUCCAAUAUGUCCGGUUUGCUCUGUGAUUCUGUGUUUAAUAAAAAAAAUAUAUAUAUUUGAUAAUCUUGAA